GCAUAACACACCAAACGUACGAGCCGCAAUUGCAAAAUAUCUGUAAGCUGUUCUUCAACUUUAAUCUACUACUCGUAGUUUCUCUUAAAACCCAACAACAAAUCAAGUUCUGCACUCCUUUUCCCUCUUUCUCUCUCCUCGAUUUUCUCUAAACCCUAAUUCAAGCUCUCAAAUUUCCAGAAACAUGAACUACAACCACUACGACAACCGUUACACUGACCCAACUUCUUACCGCGAACGCCGCAGUGAUUUUAUUGGUCCCCCGGCACCUCAUGUGGGUGGUCCGGUGGGCGGCGCACCACCUCCUUAUGUACCGCCUUAUGGUGGGUCUGGGUCCACUGUAGGGGGACCCUUACCGGGAUCCGGGCCUUUUAAUGGGUACCCGUUUGACCCUCCGGUUAGCCGGGGCUUUGAUAUGGGUCGUGGGGGUGGUCAUGCUAGUAGAGGGCCAGCUCCAAGAGGUAGAGGUAGUGUCGGCGGGGGGUUUAGGAGUAGCGAUUUAGGGGGUGGGAGAGGCGAUUUCUAUCACUCUAAUGGUGGUGGUAGAGGGUUUGAUUCACGAAGAGGCGGCGGUGGAGCUGGAGGAGGAGGAGGGAGAGGGUUUGACAGUAAUCGAGGUGGCGGGAGAGGGUUUAGUAGUGGGGGUAGAGGAGGGUUUGGGGGUGGGCGAGGCGGAGGGAGAGGUCGAGGAGGAGGUGAUAAUUUGGAUUCCCUUUCACUACCUAAACAAGAGUUUAGGAAUUUGGUUCCCUUCAAGAAAGAUUUCUACAUGGAGUGUGCAUCGGUGAGAGCUAUGUCGGAGCAAGAGGUGAUGAUGUAUCGAACUAAGCGUGAUAUUUCUGUAGAAGGGCACGAUGUUCCUAGGCCGAUUAGGUGGUUUCCUGAAGCUGGAUUCCCUGCCUAUUGUCUUGAUGUCAUUGCGAAGUUGGGUUUUGUUGAGCCUACACCAAUUCAAUCUCAAGGAUGGCCGAUGGCUCUAAAAGGGAGAGACUUGAUUGGCAUUGCUGAGACUGGCUCUGGGAAAACUUUGGCUUAUUUGCUGCCUGCUAUUGUUCACGUUAGUGCUCAGCCAAAACUGGAAUAUGGUGAUGGUCCAAUUGUACUAGUAUUAGCUCCCACUCGAGAGUUGGCUGUGCAAAUUCAAGAGGAGUCUCUGAAAUUUGGAAAUCAGGCUAAUGUUAGGAGUAUUUGUGUUUAUGGAGGGGCUCCCAAAGGACCCCAAAUCCGAGAUCUUAAAAGAGGCGUUGAGAUCGUAAUUGCUACACCUGGUCGAUUGAUAGAUAUGUUGGAAGGGAAGCACACUAACUUGAAAAGAGUUACAUAUUUGGUGUUGGAUGAGGCCGACCGUAUGUUAGACAUGGGGUUUGAACCUCAGAUCAGGAAAAUAGUCUCCCAGAUUCGACUUGAUAGACAAACUUUAUACUGGAGUGCUACAUGGCCACGUGAGGUAGAAACCUUGGCAAGGCAAUUCCUACGCGAUGCUUAUAAGGUUGUAAUUGGAUCUCAAGAUCUGAAGGCUAAUCAUUCUAUUCACCAAGUUAUUGAAGUCAUGACUGAUUUGGAGAAGUACAACAGGUUAAUUACACUGCUCAAAGAAGUAAUGGAUGGGAGCAAAAUCCUUAUAUUUGUGGAAAGAAAAAAAGGAUGCGACCAGGUCACACGACAGUUGAGAAUGGAUGGGUGGCCAGCUUUGGCCAUCCAUGGUGAUAAAGACCAGUCAGAAAGAGACUGGGUUCUAUCAGAGUUUAAAAGUGGCAGAAGUCCUAUAAUGAUUGCCACUGAUGUUGCUGCACGUGGUCUUGAUGUGAAGGACAUAAAAUGUGUGAUAAAUUAUGAUUUCCCAACAAGUCUUGAAGAUUACAUUCACAGGAUAGGGAGAACUGGCCGUGCUGGGGCUAAGGGGAUUGCCUACACAUUUUUCACUCAGUCAAACGCUAAGUUUACCAGGGAACUGAUGAAGAUCUUGAGAGAAGCCGGGCAGGCGGUUCCUCCUGCUUUGUCUGCGAUGGCAAGUUCAGGUGGCUCCAAUUUUGGGGGUUCAGGUGGCAAUUUCCGCUCUAGGGGCCGUGGAGGAUUUGGUGGUAACAGAUCACAGAUAUCUGGAUCAAAUACUAUCCCUGUUGGCAGAAGACCAUGGUAGACGACCAAACCGAAACUGAUCUUUUUGCCUAUAUCAUCAUGCUGCACAAGUCCCCCUCAAAUUUGGAUCACCUUUUGUCGGUGUGUUAAAGCAACUGAAUGAAGGGUAGAUCAUCUCAUCUUAUAGAUGAUAUACAAGUUACAAACUUGCAAUACAGAGUAUCAGGAUUUAGAAGAGGUCAAUAGAGAGUAUAUCAGGAUUUCAGGAGAGGCCGAGUACUCGUUUUUCUGCUGGGUAGAUGCUGAUAUGAAAUCAUAUGACGACAACACUUUCCGGUGUGUGUCAUUAUACAUAUACCCUACUAGUCAAAAGAUAAAAUGGCUGAUAUUUGUAUUUUGUCUAGUUAGAAAGAUUAGGGUUUACUCAGUGAUGUAGAGGGUAGCUGGAAAUUUUAUCUUGUUGUAGGGGAUUUAGUGUAAUGCACUGUUAUUUAUUUUGCACUUGCUUAUGUUACUGGGUUUUGUUGAAUAGUUCCGGUUUUUGUAUGAACCCAUUAAUUAUACGAUCUGUGGCGACCAAUCUGGGCUUUUCUUUGAUAA